CGCGUAGCGUGACGGAAGUAAUAAAUAAAGGCAGAGUCGAUUGUCUUGGUACUGUGUAUAGAAUAUCUUUGGUUAAAAAGUGUCUGAAACAAAAGAUAGGUUCGAGUAAUUAGUAAAAUAAACACUGUCAAAUAUCUCAUAGUUUUUUUUGUAUUAUUAAUCGAUAAUAAUAAUCGUACUUUCUAUAAUGUUAUUUACAACAGGAAGUAGUUCCUAAACCUAGGAAAUAAUGGCGUUUAACAGCAGUGACAUUUUCAGAGUUUUUUUCAAGCAGCUGUUUUUCUUCUGCGUUAUAACAUUGAUAUUAUCAACACAAAAAACACACGCCAAGAAUGCAAAAGACAUUCGGUGCACAUGCAUUUGCCCGCCCUAUAAAGAACUCGCGGGGCAAAUUUACAACAAAAACGUGUCGCAGAAAGACUGUGAUUGUUUACACGUGGUAAAGCUUUGGCCUGUGGCUGGCAGUGAUGUGGAGGCUUACUGUUUACGCUGUGAAUGCAAAUAUGAAGAAAGAAGCUCAGUUACUAUUCAAGUAACAAUCAUCAUAUACCUGUCAAUCCUAGGGGUGCUUCUGCUGUACAUGGUAUACCUGACACUUCUUGAACCAGUGCUGAAGAGACGCCUCUUUGGACAGUCACAGCUGUUACAGAAUGAUGAUGAUGUAGGGGACCACCAGCCAUUUGCCAAUGCACAUGCAGUGCUGUCCCAGUCCCGUUCUCGAGCCAAUGUGCUGAACAAAGUGGAGUAUGCACAACAGCGCUGGAAGAGGCAGGUCCAAGAGCAGCGCAAGUCUGUCUUUGAUCGACAUGCUGUUCUGAGCUAAAUCUACAUCCUCCAUCAAACAUCUAACUGCAAGAAGAGAUUUGUACUGGAGUAGCAGUCACAGGGACUCGAGUCUUCCAAACAGACCACCUCCAGACAUGCUUUCUUUCUAUCUAUUUACUUGAUUUGGAUUUGCCAUUGCAUCUUUACUGCGUAUAUACAGUAGUGGUUGAUUUUAUAAUCUUAACAUGGUCCUUUUUUGGUUACCUAAUUCUUGAUUAAAGGGUCUCAACUAGUAGUAAUUUAAAUGCUCAACGCUUUGCUGAAGUGCGUACAGUAUUAAUUGCAGCAUUUGUAAGGAAGUUAACCAAUUCUGCACGUCAUUAAAGGCUAAUGGUGUAGUAACAAUCUAUAAUCUACUGUCCACAAUUUUGCCAACUGUUUUUAUUUUGAUGGCCAUGUUUUCAAAAUCUUUUCAAGGAUGCAUUUGAGUAUCGUAAAGAAAUAAAGAUCAAAUCAGUUUGCUUGUAAUGCAAAGAUAUUAAAUACCCACUCAAGAAAAAUGGUUACCAAUGCAUUUGAAAACAAUGCACACUAUAGUUGAGGUGAGAGAGAUACUAGACCUUAAAUUAAAAUCUAAGUAUAUAUAAAAUCAAGUUAAAAAAAAAUAAACUAUAAAGAGGAUUUAGCUGCUAACAACACUAAACAGUGUGAGCUAUUUCUUUUUUCACCAUGCAACUAAUAUUGUUAUGAUGGCUCUAAGUACAUUGGUGCUUCCAUUGAAACAUCAUAACUAGUACUAAAAUCACUGAUGUUUUCUCUCAAAGGCUUUUAUAAAUGUAUUUUUUGUGUAUUUGUAAUAUAGUAAAGGGGAGGCAUUGCUAAUGAUUGUAUAGGAUGGCAAUUAUGGCUAAAAGUUCAAUUAGUUUUUUUUAGUUCUUCAAGAAUUGUAUUGUAAUGUUUUCUUAAACUUAAACAAUUUGUGUGAUGUCUUCUAAAUUACAAUUAAAUGCUGUAUUGUAACUAUAA